CGGCCGCGCUCCGCCAUGACCCUGUACCGCACGGAGGAGCACGGCCAGCCCCACUCUCCUGGUUCCUGCCUCUUUUUCAAGAAUGUAGCUGGUCACUACAUUUCCCCCUUUCAUGAUAUUCCUCAAGAGGAAAAUGGCAUUCCUACAAAGAGAGCACGAAAUGAUGAAUAUGAGAAUUUGUUUAAUAUGGUUGUAGAAGUACCUCCGUGGACAAAUGCUAAAAUGGAGAUUGCCACAGAGGAGUCAUUGAAUCCCAUUAAACAAGAUGUAAAGGAUGGCAAGCUUCCCUAUGUGGUCAAUAUCUUUCCUCACAAGGGUUAUAUAUGGAAUUAUGGUGCCCUCCCUCAGACUUGGGAAGAUCCCCAUCGAAAAGAUAAGAGCACAGACUGCUGUGGAGAUAAUAAUCCUAUUGAUGUUUGUGAGAUAGGCUCAAAGGUUCUUUCUCGUGGAGAUGUUGUUCAUGUGAAGAUCCCUGGAAUUCUGGCUCUUAUUGAUCAGGGUGAAACAGAUUGGAAAUUAAUUGCUAUCAAUGUGAAUGAUCCUGAAGCCUCAAAGUUUCAUGAUAUUGAAGAUGUUAAGAAGUACAAACCUGGUUGCUUAGAAACUACACUUAGUUGGUUUAGAUUUUAUAAGAUACCAGAGGGAAAACUGGAAAACCAGUUUGCUUUUAAUGGAGAAUUCAAUAACAAGGCUUUUGCUCUUAAAGUUAUUAAAUCUACUCAUGAAUGUUGCAAAGCAUUGCUUAUGGAGAAGUGUGAUGGAGGGGCUAUAAACUGGACAAAUGUGCAGGUAUGUGAUAGCCCUUUCCAUUGCUCUCAAGAGGAAGCUAGAUCAUUAGUUGAAUCAGUGUCAUUUUCACUGAAUAAAGGAAGUAAUGAAGAAGAUCAAGUAUGGCACUUCCUUGGCAAGUGAUGAGAACAUUUGAAGUUCUGCCAUCAGGAUUCCAGUCUCUAAGAACUACAA